AUGGUCGACCUCAAACAACAGCUCAAUGCCAUUGACUAUUUCGGUGUGAUAGCGGUCUGGUUGAGCUUCUUCUCGAUUGUCUUUAUUAUUUCGGUUACAUGUAUUCUAUGGUGUUGUGUUAGUAAAGACGACGAUUCAACAGUGUUCGCUAAGUACGGAAUGGGUCCUCGCCAACGUCAGAGAACACCUACACACGUUGAGUGA